AACGCACCUGGAGAACGAUUAGGCCGGGGAGGUUUCCAGAGCCGGGCCAGGGCGGGGCUCAAAUGCCAGGCUGGGGAGUUGGCACCUUCUCCCGAGGGGGAUGGAGAAGGGUCUUGCCCUGGCGAGGGGCCUGGACAGAAUGUGCCAGGAAGAUCCCUCCAGCCACUCGGAGGGGAAGUGGAGGGGUCGGCUGUCCCCUCCGCGCCCGGUGGGAAGUCACUUCAGUUCUGGGUCCCCAUCCCCAUCCUUUCUGCGGAGGCUGUCGCCUGCGUGAAGAUGGCCCCGUCCCAUAAAGGCUGACCCAUGCAUUCCGAGUCUUGCAUUUAGUGAGCGCUGACGGUGUGUCUGUCCAGAAGCCGCGCUCUUCAUUGCUGCUGUCAGUCACUUUAUUUAUUUACCUACUUAUUUUGAGGCGGAGUCUUCCUCUUGUCACCCAGGCUGGAGUGCAAUGGCGCGAUCUCGGCUCAUUGCAACCUCCACCUCCUGGGUUCAAGCAAUUCUCCUGCCUCAGCCUCCCAAGUAGCUGGGAUUACAGGCACGCGCCACCACGCCCGGCUAAUUUUUGUAUUUUUAGUAGAGACGGGGUUUCACCAUGGCCAGGAUGGUCUUGAUCUCUUGACCACGUGAUCCGCCCACCUCAGCCUCCCAAAGUGCUGGGAUUACAGGCGUGAGCCACCGCGCCCGGCCUGUUAGUCACUUUCUUCCACCAACAUUGAUGGAGCACCUGCUGUGGGUCAGGCACUUUCUAGAUCUUCGACCCCCCAGAGGAGCUGGAGCGGAAGGUGUGGGAGCUGGCGAGGCUGGUCUGGCAGUCCUCCAACGUGGUGUUUCACACAGGGGCCGGCAUCAGCACCGCCUCUGGCAUCCCCGACUUCAGGGGUCCCCACGGAGUCUGGACCAUGGAGGAGCGGGGCCUGGCCCCCAAGUUUGACACCACCUUUGAGAGCGCACGGCCCACGCAGACCCACAUGGCGCUGGUGCAGCUGGAACGCGUGGGUCUCCUCCGCUUCCUGGUCAGCCAGAACGUGGACGGGCUCCAUGUGCGCUCCGGCUUCCCCAGAGACAAACUGGCAGAGCUUCAUGGGAAUAUGUUCGUGGAAGAAUGUGCCAAGUGUAAGACGCAGUACGUCCGGGACACGGUUGUGGGCAGCAUGGGCCUGAAGGCCACAGGUCGGCUCUGCACCGUGGCUAAGGCGAGGGGGCUGCGGGCCUGCAGGGGGGAGCUGAGGGACACCAUCCUAGACUGGGAGGACUCCCUACCGGACCGGGACCUGGCGCUUGCCGAUGAGGCCAGCAGGAACGCCGACCUGUCCAUCACCCUGGGUACGUCGCUGCAGAUCCGACCCAGUGGGAAUCUGCCGCUGGCCACCAAGCGCCGGGGAGGCCGCCUGGUCAUCGUCAACCUGCAGCCCACCAAGCACGACCGUCAUGCCGACCUCCGCAUCCAUGGCUACGUCGACGAAGUCAUGACCCGGCUCAUGAAGCACCUCGGGUUGGAGAUCCCCGCCUGGGACGGCCCCCGUGUGCUGGAGAGGGCGCUGCCGCCCCUGCCCCGCCCACCUGCCCCCAAGCUGGAGUCCAAGGAGGAAUCCCCCACCCGGAUCAACGGCUCUGUCCCCGCCAGCCCCAAGCAGGAGCCCUGUGCCCAGCACAACGGCUCAGAGCCCGACAGCCCCAAACGGGAGCGGCCCGCCAGCCCUGCACCCCACAGACCCCCAAAAAGAGUGAAGGCUGAGGCGGUCCCCAGCUGACCAGGGUGCUCGGGGAGGGCGGGGCUUUUUGUAGAAACCGUGGAUUCUUUUUCUCUCGUGGUCUCACUUUGUUACUUGUUUCUUUCCCCGGGAACCUCAGGGCUCUGAGAGCUGCGCUCCAGGGGUCACACCUGCCCUCCAAGGUCUCUCCCUGGGCUCCAGGAAGAAACCACACCCCGGGGCUGACAGCUAAGCCCCUGCUAUACCCCAGCCUCUGACUCAGGGUGUUGUUGGGAGGUGUGGCUGGGCCCUCCCUGGUCUCCAGUCUAAACAGGACUGACCUCCCUCUGCCCCCAGGGCUUCCCCUCUGGGCCCCCCACACCCCACCCACCUCUCCUCCACCGGCCUUGCAGGAGGGGAGACCCACUUCAAAGUGGGGGACACACCAGAGGCUGGCAUUGCCUUUGGAGCUGGAGGGAGGGAGACGUUGGUCCACCAGGCUUCUGGAAAAGUCUUCAAUGCAAUAAAAACUGAACUUCCUUCUUGCA